AUUGCCAGUUAGAAAAAAAUCGCCAUGCAACUAUCUAGAAGCACCCUGUGGCUGUUGUUCGGUCUUGGAGCAUUGUUUAAUGUUGUACUCAGCGGAGUUGUCAAAAAUAUCACCAGUGAGGCAAAAGUUCCAGUAGUUUCAGAUGCUGUCGAUUUUGAUACGAGUGCCAGCAUAAGGAAAUCAAAGGCCCAACUUCCUCAGAAUAUGGAAGAACCAGAAACCCCUGACGCCGAAAUAAUUCCCUUCAGAAAUGAUUUGACGCAGUGGAAGCGCAUGGAGUUAAUGGACACCUGCAAAGGAAUUGGCACCAACUGCACGCGGUCCGAGGAAUGCUGCACGCUCCAAUGUUUAAAAGUCACCAAAGUGUGUUCCUUCUAGUAAAACCAAUGUAAUGAAUCGUGUUAAAUAAAUUGGUUGCUGUGCACCUUAAUUAUUUCAUUAACAA